ACCCCUCGUGCAUUCAUACACGGAAAGGCAACAGACUUGUCGUCACAUACCGGAAAAAUAAUGGCAAAUACCCCAAACACUGGUGGAGUCUGUAAAAGUACGGAAGACUGCGCCGUUUGCUUGGACAAAAUUCAGGAGAAGAAAACGUUAAAGUGUCGUCACUCUUUCUGCUCCGCGUGUAUCGACUCUGUUUUCAAGUUUAAACCGGCGUGUCCGAUAUGCUACACCUACCACGGAGAGUACAAGGGGACCCAGCCGGAGGGCACCAUGACGGUGAUGCGCAGCUGGCAGACCCUGCCCGGCUUUGAGCACUGCGGCUCUAUCGUCAUACAGUACAGUUUCCCAGCAGGGAUACAAGGGCCUCAACACCCAAACCCUGGAGUGAGAUACAGCGGCACCUCUCGGACUGCUUUCCUGCCAGCCACAGAGGAGGGCGAGAAAGUCCUAAAGCUGCUGAAGAAAGCCUUCGACAGGAGACUCAUCUUCACCGUAGGACGAUCUGUCACCACAGGCCUCAACAACGUCAUCACCUGGAAUGACAUUCAUCACAAGACCAACAUGGCGGGUGGUCCACAAUGUUUUGGGUAUCCAGAUCCAGAUUAUUUGUCCAGGGUUCAAGAGGAGCUUCGUCUUAAAGGAGUGACACUAGAUGACUGAUGGAUGAAGACAAUCAGAGGAUGUCCUUCAAAUACAUUUGACUCUUUGUAUGGUUACAAAGUCUCUGAUUUCCAGUUUGCACUUUUUGCACUCCUCAAGCAGGGAUCGUCAUCACUGACGCUAUGAGAUGUUUUUAGUCUAUGAAGGGGAUACAUGGAACUAUUGUUUAGAGAUGUGAAGGUCGGUGGCUUUUCCCAAAGAGUUUUUUUUAACUGCCAACUGACUAUGCAAAAAAAAAAAAACAACACAAAAAAGCUCUGAACACAGUCUGUGCAGCAUGUGUGCCAACAAAACAAAGAUUACAUUGCAGUUGGUUAGUAAAAGAGUUAUUUAGUACUACCGAUCAUCAGAGUUCAUUAAGGUAUAUAUCUUUCAACUUUGGAUCACAGGUCUGGAGCCUAAAAGCAACAUAGGAGGCAGAACAGGUGGUAAAAACACAUCAUCUGUGAAAUGCAUAGAUAAAGAUUCCUAGGAAUAUGAGAGAUGAUAAUAUAUAUAUAUAUAUGGCAUUGUCAUAGGUAGUGUAUUGUAUGCAAAGGAUAAUCUCUUAUUCUCAACAAAUCUGAAUCAUUCCUAUAAUCACUGUGUAGCCAAAGCCUAUAUAAGAUAUAGCUAACUGUGCUGUGGACCCCCAUUGUUGUCCAGAACCCUAAUAUAACCACAGGUGACAUGUUCCUUCAUUACAAUGGACAUGGGCAUUGUAGUUUGUUUUAAGCUGAUUCACAUACACCGUCCUGCUGCUGUUAAUAUUCAGUAAUGCACCAGAUCUGUGGCUGAAAAUAGACUCCAACAAAAGCAGUAUUUACUAAUGUUUUAAUAAUAAAAAUUAAUAUUCGU